AUGGAUUGGAUAAAUUCCCUAUUAUCGACAAAAAAUUCAAAAUCAUUAAUAAAUCCUGAAGACGAAUGUGAUCCUCAAGCUUGUUAUGAUAGUUUCAAAGAACAUUGGCACCAAGUGUACAAAAUAUUUAACAGAGUCCAGCAAUUGCCUAGUCAUGAUGAUGUCUUGGGAGUUGUUAACCACUUGGAACAAAUGGCCACAUUACUUUUAUAUGACAUUAAGCGCAACGACAGAUUCUUUGUGCCCCAUUCUACAUCCAAAUGUCUUGAACAUUUAUUAUCCGAAAAUAUUUUAUCUAAAUUAUUCGAAUGGAGCACAACAUCAGGAAGGUACAUAAAUGCAAUACGCUGUGAACAACUAAAGGUUUACCAAAUGUUACUAAGCCAGUCGAGGCAUGGUUUAUUGUUACAUGACCAAUUUUUACAACCACUGAUCAAAUUACUGUGUUCUUGUGAAGGAGAGGUGUUCUCAAAAGAGGUUGAAAAGUUACUUGUUGACUUAAUAAAUCAGCUGAGUGCUCUUCUCAUGCAAAAUGUUGAAUUCAUAGACUUAUUUUUUCAAGAUAUAAAGAAUGUUCAAAGUUUCAUCAUAUUUUCUCUUCUAAUUCCAUUUGUGCAUCGUGAAGAUUCAACUGGUAUGAGAGCUCGUGAUGCUCUACUACUCUGUAUGUCACUGUCCAAGAAAAACAAGAGAGUUGCUAUUUAUAUAGCUGAGCACUCAAAUUUUUCUAUAUUACUUGCAUCGGGCUUAAGCGGUCUGUAUUCUGUUUUACCUAACAUUUUAGAUGACAUUUCAGUACCUGAUUGGCAUAGGUUCACACCAGAUGAUGUAAACGAAAUUAAAGGCUUGUUAACAUUUGUGACUUCUUUAGAAUUUAGUAAUGCAGUAGCACAAGUAGCACAUCCUAUGAUAAGAAAGCAACUUCAAGAAUUUUUGUAUAGGGGAUUUUUAAUACCUGUAUUGGGACCAGCAUUACUUCAAAUUAAUGUAUAUGAACAAGUAGCUGCCACUGCUUAUUUAGAACUAAUUCUUCGAACUGUAAGUGAUACUGGACUUUUACAUUCUCUGCUGCAAUUUUUGCUCAAUAUUGACUUUGAUGGUGAGAAAAUAUUAGGUACCUUAAUACAAAGAUUAGGUUCAGACAAUCGACAGUUAUGUCUGGUAUCUUUGGCUAUGUUUGAGUCAAUUGUUGAUCUAUACUGUGAAGAUCUUAUGUUGGAAUUAGUUUUCAAAUAUUUGCAACCCUGUUUACAUCUUAUGAUUUCACAGAGGAACAUGUUACUUCCUUUAGAUCCCUACUGUCAGAGCUUUGAAAAACUCUUGACUCUGUCACCAAAAUGCUGUAAUGUUGAGUAUCCCAAGGAAGUUAAUGAUAAUAGUAGCCAGUGGUAUACUUUGAAACACAAGCAAAGUCUAUAUGGAAAAUACUUUGCCUAUUUAUGUGAUGCUAGGAAUAGAAUAUCUCAAUGUCAAAUGUCUUGUAUUGUUUGGAAUAAUCUGUAUGGUGGAGAAGAAGAUUCUAAUUCUGAUAAUUCUAGUAGUACAAGUUUAGAACGAAGUAGUGGAUAUAAUAGUCUUAAUGUGACUGCUGAUGAAGCAAAAACUACGGAAGAAUACUGGGAAACACCAGUAAAAUUUAAACAAAAGAAGGAAAUUACAAUACCUACAAAAAUUAGUGACAUCGAAUAUUCCCGUUCAUCUGCUGGACCUUUUCUUUUUCUUCUUAUGGAAAAGCUGAAGAACUUUCUGUCCAAUUCGUUUUAUGUGAAUCUACACCUGACUGGUUUAAUUUCUAAACUUGCAUCAUACCCUCAGCCACUGUUAAGAGCUUAUUUAUUAGACCACAGUUUAGUACUGCAACCAACCGUGCCAUCCAUUUUUGAGAUUAUUGGUGUACUGAAGCAAAAGGUCGACGAAUAUAUGUCCCAACAACAAAACUCUCAGCAGCUGAUAAAGUACGCGAGAGACAUCCUCGUUGAUCGAGAAAUUAUGUUGGUGAACCUCAGAAGGUAUCACGUCGAACAGCAUGCAUCCAAGAAAGUCGAAACUGAACCAUUUCAACGAAAUAGUCCGAAACGCAAAAGCCUGGGAAUCUCUCCAAUCAGCAGUUUGUUUGGAAGGCGGCCGAGUCAAAUAGAAAGCAACGCUCCCGUGGUUUUAUCUCCAGAAGAAGUUCAGUUUAAUAUAAUAUAUCCGAAAUUCAAUGAAGGACAACACGUUGCACUUUGUGCAGUGCUGCUGGACGAAUGGAUAAAGGAACUUGCCGCUCUUGCCCAAGAACACACCGUUGCCCAGUUGAUUAACUUUUUAAAAUAA